UGCAACAGGUGCACACGCAGCAUCUUCUCCAGCACGGAGCUGUGAGAGGAGGGGUUUUUUUACGCAUCGUUUUCUCCCCCUCAAAACAAGACUCUUUUGGAUUUUUUAUACAUAAAUAAUUGCUUUUGGUGAAUUUUUUUGGAAAAGUUUUAAUUUUUAAUUUCCUUUUUUUUCCCCAUUUGAGGCUAAAACCGAACUUUAAAUGGUAGUGAGAUCCCCGUGAGCCUCCAGCGCGUGCGUAAAAGCAGGAUGCCAGUUUUAACCAGUCCAGAUAUCGCCAACAGGUUUAAAGAGAACUGGCUCGCGGUGUUCCCGGAGGACCAGGUGGCUGGCUUUGAGUCGGCUCCCCUCGACGACAGCCUCACCAGCCUCCACUGGCUCCAGAACUUCUCCAUCCUCAGCGCUGACCCAGAGCGAACCACCACCAGCACCACCAGCAGCAGCAGCUGCCCCGGACCCGGAUGUCCGUCCUCCCAGCAGCAACUCUUCCUGAAACGUCUCGGCUUCCCGAGAUCCGGCACCGACUCCCCGUCCAGCCCGCCGGCCGGGGACACCGCCACCACCGGGAUGCCCCUGCACCCCUGCAGCCCCGUCACCUCCGGCAGCGACUCCAGCGCCUCCGCGGUCCCGCGCUUUUCCGCGCGUCCCGCAUCCGGCUACCCGCAUAUCCCGGUUCAGGCGAGCCACCCCCCUGCAGAGGUGGACUACAAAACGAACCCCAAAGUCAAGCCGCCCUACUCCUACGCCUCUCUCAUCUGCAUGGCCAUGCAGGCCAGCAAGCAGCCCAAAGUGACCCUGUCCACCAUCUACAACUGGAUCACAGAGAACUUCUGCUACUACAGACACGCGGAGCCCAGCUGGCAGAACUCGAUUCGUCACAACCUGUCCCUCAACAAGUGUUUCAAGAAGGUCCCCAGACAGAAAGAUGAGCCGGGGAAAGGAGGCUUCUGGCAGAUCGAUCCGCAGUAUGCCGACAUGUUUGUCAAUGGCAUCUUUAAAAGGAGGAGGACGUCAGCGAGCCACUACAGCAGCAGCAGCAGCAGCGCCCCACAGAGACAGAACAAACUGGUUCAGGGUUACCACAGUCUCCACAACUCCUGCCUUUAUCAAGGGAGCAAACAAAAGCAUCUUCCUUCUAAAAACACCAAGGCAAUCAGAGCCACGGAGUCCCCUUUUCUAGCCGUGGAAGCUAACAAAGCAGACACCCUGAAAGGSGACUUCGACCUGGCGUCCGUGUUCGAUGACGUCCUCGGUGGCAACUGUAGCACCUUUGAGGACUUGGACAUCAACUCGGCGCUGAGCUCCCUGGGAUGUGAGAUGGAGGUUCACGGGAGGCAGCACUCUGCGGGGGCGGGCAGGUGGUGCGGCGACAUCAUGAGUCAGAGCCAACACAUCAACCAGCACCAGCCCUACGGCUACAUGGACCUGAGCGCCGCUUCCACGGAGUGCUCGGUCAACAUGGGGGAACUCCACGUCCCUCAGCAGCAGCAGCAGCAGCAGCAGCAGCAUCACCCGCUGCAGAGGCACCAGCAGCCGGACCAAGAGCAGCUGCUCCACGGCCAGCACCACCUGCAUCACUUCGACGAGCCACCAGCACUGUUCGCAGAGCAGCUGGGGGAGGCUGUGCUGCAGCCGUGGGACGAGAUUAAAGACGAGGCCAUGCCCCUGACCCUGGAUCAGGGCUUUGGUCUGUACGAGGGCUUCUUCACAGAGAUGCAGCCAUGGGAGCGAGCAGAGACUUAUCUGUGAACCUUUGACCACAACACAUGCCAACAGUGAUCUGGACGAUUGUCGGUUCAUCUUGUAUGAAAGGAUAACACUUCUAUGAUUACUUUUAAUCUUUUAUAUUCAUUCUACAUUUUUAAUAUAUUGACUCUGACCAGCCGUAACACUUUGAACAUUCACCUGAUACUAAUAGGUCUUGGCAACCUUAAACUAUGUAAAAAAAGUCUGAAAAAGAAUGAACGCCUGGGGCUGUCCUGACUGACCAAAAGACAUAAGAAAAACAAUAUUUUGUUGCGUUAAGUUGUGUGGAAUGGGGGCUAUUUAGAUUGGGGUUCACAUACUGUGUGGGCUGUGUCUCAAUUCAGGGGCUGGGUCCUCAUGAGUGCGCAUUUGUCGGCCGCGUCAUU